CCUAUGGCCUGGGAUUAUAGACACGGGGUUCAGCUCGAUUCGAUUGGAAUGCUGUUAAGAUGGCGGAGGACAGUAGACUUCGGGACAUCAACAUGUUGCACUGCUUUACGAAAGCCUCUCGCUUACAUGGUCCACCCUCUUACCGAUGACGUUGAGUGGUUCCUCUGGAUGGAGAUAAAUUGGCUUUAUCGGGUCGAUCGCGUCUCGAUGAUCUACUUCCUCGGUCGUUCACCAGCCCCAUACUUGAGACAUACAUACCACUAUCGCCGUAGCGAGUUCCGCCUCUGACAUGCCCCUGAAGGGGGAAAAAUCCCUGUUCAAACCAAAUUAUUUCUUCCGUUUCAGCACUUCAUCGAGAACUCUCCAUAUAUAGUACAGAGUAUACAGCUGUACGCCAUGGAGCGUGGAGCCUCCACAGCUGCAGCACAGGCUUCAGGGUCAUUAAGUCCAUAUACCCUCUCUUGGGCGAUCAGUCUAUCGGCAUCCGUUGCGGUGCUUUUGCUAAGUGUCUUCGCGGUUCAACAUGCCGUAUCGUGGAUGUCGACGAAGAGACUCAAAUCCGUUCGAUUUCUCUAUUUUUACCAAGAUGAAGACGGAGAGGCGACGCCGAAUUCAAUCGAAAACGCCUCCAAAUGUAAGAUACCUCGCCUCAGUCUAGUCUGUACCGGACUUGGGAUGUGGUUGUCGAUUCUGCAGGUCGGGGUUGCCAUCGUGGAGCUUGGAACAGUGCAGAUUGUCGAUUGGGCGCAGAUGGUCAUUUGGGUGAGAGAUUGUUUUCGGCUGUAUGCGGAUCAUGUCACUGGUCACGAUGAUACAAUCAACAUUGUAGUCAUGGGCUGCCAGAUUUCUCUUGCUCUCUGUGCCAGUGUCCUUACUCUUCUCAUCCGUCGUCGUCCUGAUGUCUACCGAAACGGCACAGUCGUGGACGGACAAUACUCCACGUCCUUCCUGGGUUGGUUGAGUUUCACAUGGACGGAAUUUGUUUUGCGCAUGGCCAAAGACAAGUCCCAGCUACAGAUUGGCGAUUUACCUGAACUGGAUUAUCACUCACGGACCGACAGUCUGCUGGAUACCUGCUAUCGCAUGGUAAAGGAAGCGGGCUCCGGGACCGCGGGCUUAUGGAUGAUCAUUCUACAAUCACAAAGCCGCGCAUUGCUGUUUCAGGCUUCCAUCACGGUCGCUUCGUCGUUCAUUAGCUUCGUCCCGUCGUUUGCACUGCUAAACAUCUUGCUUGCAUUGGAGGAUCGACAGAACGGAGAAGGGAAUGAAGCCCGUGUCUGGUCGUGGGUUGUCGGGCUAGGCAUCUCCGUUCUAGCGACGGCCACCUUGGAAACCUUGAAGUUCUGGAUUUCGUACAACAAGCUCACUAUCCACACGCAGCAGCAGCUCUCUGUGGCUAUAUUCGACAAGGCAAGCCGCGUUGGUGGAGGUAGCUCCGAAACUGACAGCGAAGAGUCGCAGGAGCAUGGAUCCCAGGGCCCGGUUCACAUGGCUGUAGUUGACGCCAAGAAUGUGGCGGAUUUUGUCUGUUUCCUGUUCUUAUUAUACGAAAUACCCUUGAAGUUGACCAUAGCUUCGGCGUUCCUGUUGAUGAUAUUGGGCUGGGAAUGCUUACUUGCCUGUGCCAUUAUCCUCCUCUUGGUGGGUCUCGCCAACUUCCACACGGUAAAUAAGUACUCCGAGACCCAAGGGGACUUGAUGCAGUCGCGGGAUCACCGGUUAAGUAUGAUCACAGAGAUCCUUCACGGGAUUCGACAUGUCAAGUUCUCUGCUCUGGAAGGCCAGUGGGGGAAGAGGAUCAACCAACUCCGAGACAUUGAACUGCGUUCUCGAUGGUCUGUGUAUUGCUGGGAGCUUAUUAUGGUAUCCAUGUACUUCCUUGGUCCGGCCAUCCUCUCAGCUUCAUCAUUGACAGUGUAUGUAGCAGUGAAUGGGUUCCUCUCGGCGGCCACUGCAUUCACGUCAAUUGCCAUCUUGAACUCGAUUGAGGUGUCCUUGACUAUUCUGCCGGAAAUCAUUUCCAUGUUUGCGACCAGCUCCGUAAGUAUGCAACGCAUCAGACGUUUCCUUGCACGGCCAGAGGGAAUCUCCAGUGUUUUGCCGUCAGAUACGAUUGAUUUCACAAAUGCAUCAGUCGCAUGGCCUGGGGCUGCUACUUCGGCGGAGAGAGGCACUUUGAAGGAUUUGAAUUUGAGCUUUCCCAAGAACGCCUUAAGCGUCAUCAUGGGUCCCACUGGAGCGGGCAAGAGCCUACUCCUCACAGCUAUCAUCGGAGAAUGUGACAUUCUGAGCGGGACAGUAAGAGCGCCGAUUCCUGUUACCUUCGAGGCCAGCCGACCCUGGGAAUUGACAUCGGGGAUUGCGUAUGUGCCACAGGUGCCAUGGAUUGAACGGGGCACGGUGAAGGAUAAUAUCCUGUUUGGGGCACCCUUCAAUAAAGAACGGUACUCGAAAGUCCUCUUUGCCUGUGCCAUGGAGAAGGACCUCGAAAGGCUCCCCAAAGGAGACCGAACCGAGUUGGGGGGAAAUGGUGCAAAUCUGAGUGGUGGUCAGAAGUGGCGGUUGUGUCUUGCGCGUGCACUCUAUAGCCAUGCUCAUACUCUUGUCCUGGAUGACGUCUUCAGUGCUGUAGACGUGCAUACCAGGCAGCAUCUUUACCAGCAUGCGUUGGUUGGUGAAUUGGCUAUGGGUAGGACUCGAAUUCUAGCCACGCAUCACGUCGGCCUUUGUCUUCCCCAUGCAGAAUACGUGGUGUCUCUCGAGAAGGGGAUUCUGAGAGAUACGUUGGACGCGAGAGAUCUCGAGCUGGACCGAAGGCUCUGGGAACAAAGCUUUGGGUCAGUCAGUACUGGGCGUGAACAACAAUUACCCACAAAGAGUGAAGAAAGCCCGGAGUGGAAUGGGACCACUAGCCUUGCCGAAGACCACCAGCACGAUAGCGGUUUAUACUGGGGUGCUUGCAAGACCUAUAUGAAAGAAGGUGGCCACCUCUAUCAAUGGAUCGCCUUGUUCACAGCGUUUUUGGGCUAUACUGGAUCCAUUCUCGGUCGAGCCUGGUGGUUGAAUGUCUGGACUAGUAGUCAAGAUGCUGGUGCCGCAAUAUCUCAGAAUGAACAAGUAACCGGCAAAGACGAGCCAUCGACAGGAUCAGUAGAUCGCAGUCUGCUUUUCUACCUUGCGUUCUAUCUCGCGUUGUCUGCAGUAGCAUGCACUGUGGGGAUGGCUCGAUGUUAUUUUACCUUCCGGGUCGCCUUCCAAGCAUCACGGAACCUCUUCCAUCGCAUGCUCCGCAGCAUCUUGCGGGCACCCCUGCAAUGGCAUGACGAUGUGCCUUUUGGUCAAGUUUUGAACCGAUUCUCGUCUGAUUUAAACGUCGUCGACUCGCGCAUGGGUGAAGACCUCAGAAGCACAUUCGAGUUCACAACCGAAGUGGCCAUGGGCAUGUUUGCUGGAAUUCUUGUUAAUCCAGUUCUUCUCGUGGUAGCCGUUUUCCUGACGGCUGUUUAUUUGCAUUACUCAAGGACUUACCUCACGGCCUCCCGCCAAAUCAAGCGUCUGGAGAGCGAGGCAAAGAGCCCGAUCUUUGACCACUUUGAUACGUGCCUCAGCGGACUGCCCGUGAUCAAGGCGUUCGGGAAAGUCGACGAAUAUCGGCGACAGUUCCGCCAAAAGGUCGACUCUCAUGCCCGUGCAUUUUGGCAUCUCUGGCUGCUGAAUCGGUGGCUGGGGUUCAGAAUUAACAUGAUCGGGGCUGCGUUCUCUGCACUCUCUGCAGCGCUGGUCGUGUCGUUAAAAAGCAUUGAUGCCUCCGCAGCUGGCUUUGCCAUCAGCUUUACAAUGGAAAUAUCCCUGUCCAUGGCAUUGGCUAUUCGGUAUUACGCAAACGUGGAGCAAGAUAUGAACAGCGUGGAGAGGGUCCUGGAGUAUUGCGAUCUCAACGCCGAGAAUUACGAAGGCCUUGAUGCUCCCGCUGACUGGCCUACAAGUGGUAGACUGGAAGUCCGUAACUUGGCUGUACGAUAUGCACCUCAUCUGCCUCCUGCGCUGGAUAGAGUCGGCUUUAAGAUUGAAGGAAAUGAAAGGGUGGGUGUAGUGGGCCGUACCGGUUCUGGGAAAUCUUCCCUGGUGAAUGCCAUGUUCCGUAUAGUUGAACCACACGAAGGCAAGAUUAUACUGGAUGGGAUUGACAUCUCAAAGCUGAGACUUGAAGAUCUCCGCUCUCGACUCUCAAUUAUUCCCCAAAGCCCAGUCAUUUUCCGUGGCACAGUCCGGUCCAAUAUGGACCCCUUCAACGAAUAUGAAGAUGCAGAGCUCUUACAUGCUCUAGGAAAAGUAGGCUGGCGCUCAAAAGCAGAAAUCUCUGCUUCUGACGAUUAUGACGACGAUGGACCUUCAGCAUGGGCGACCGGGGUAGCCCAGUCAACGACUUCUCAGCUGGAGCGACCGGUUGCUGAAGAAGGCACCGAUCUCUCGCAAGGCCAGCGACAACUCCUUUGCAUUGCCCGAGAGAUAGUCCGAAAGCCCAAGGUAUUGCUCCUUGAUGAGGCAACCUCUGCUGUCGAUAAUCUGACCGACCAGCUUGUUCAGCAAUCUGUACGGUCUGCCUUUAGUCGCGGCUCCACGACGCUAAUUGUCAUCGCACACCGACUGAGCACGGUAGCAGAUUUCGACUCCAUUCUUGUACUGGACGCAGGGAGAGUCGUGGAAUUUGGAAGUCCGCGAGACCUGCUUGGAAUAGAGAAUGGUACCUUCAGGGGUAUGGUCGAGCAGGAUGCUGAGAGGGAUGCGCUUAAAGAGGUCAUUUUAGGUGAGAAUGAUGUUGAAUCAUAAAUUCUGUUACAACAAUACUCAAUCAUAAAGGUAU